AUGAGACAAAUCUGUGGAUUCUACGGCUUGUUACUUAGAUUCUCCUCGAGCUGCCCUCUCUUCCACUCGCAGAGGUCUCAUUCCUUCUCUGUAUCUCUCUCUUACACACCUAUCCCCCACCCUACAGAGGUGUCAUCACUGCCCCAUGAGCUGCAGCGCAUGCUCUCUCUCAUGAGAGAGUUGGACGGCCGAUGCCAGGCGCUGCGCAUGGAGAUUCAGAGAGACAUUCGGGCGGGGCUGACAGCCAUAGAGGAGAGGGAGGCAGUCCUCAGAGCAGGUGCUGGUGCUCAAGAUGGGCAUGGACAUGAAGGUUUGGAUGGUCAUGCAGAUGCUGGUGGUGAUAGGGAUGGGAAUGGUGAUGGUGACGGGCAUGGGGAGGGGGAAGGGGACGAGGACGAUGCUGCUAGUGACAGCGAUGCUGCUGAGGAUGCUGGUAAUGGUGACAACGAGAGUGAUGGGGCUGUUGUGACCCCUGCUGCCCUCUCUCCUGCCACGGGUGCUCUGGAUGAGGUGCCGGGUGGUGAGCAGCAGGGGCGAAGCAGAGGAGGGGAAGCGGGGGAUGUGGGAGACGCUGGUGGGAUGAAGACUGAGGCUGGGGAGAAGAGUUUGAAGCAAGGAAGCAGCACAGCACAGGUGGCGAACGCGUCAGCUUCCCAUUGA